AUGAUUGUUGGCUUCAUGCUCAUCAUUUAUGUGUCAAUUCAAAACCAAAAGUUGGAUGAAACCCUCACCAAAAUUUUACAGAUCACUCAAAGGACAGAUCGGUUACUCAACUCCAAUCAAGUUCUUACAUCGGCCAGAAGCCCAACUGCAACUGAUCGUCACCCACCUGCCUCUUAUCCAUCAGUCUUAACUCAAGAACUCAAUUCUCCAAAUUUAGUUUUACAAAAUUUCUAUCGAUCAUCAAACUUAGAUGCUGCUCAAUCUCGGUCUCAUUCAACAAAUCGUGCCCACAGCUCAGCUAGUUUUCCGUUUGUAAAGAAGCAUCCGAAAAGUCACCGUUUUUCCCUCUCGCAUUCACCUAAUGUCUCGAGGAUGUCUCACUACCCAAAAUCAUUUCAACCUGAUCGUUCAUCACAUUCGAAAGACCAAGAGCACAUUGUAGAUAUUCCAGACAACCCAUCAGAGAAUAUCCUCAGAGAUUCGCCUUCAACUCGUGACCGACCAGGCAGUUUACCUGCUGUACCCGAGCGAUCACGCCUUUCAAGUCUUAUCCGACAAAGUCAUCCUCAUAUUAUUCUUGCUCAUGCUUCCGACCCGGUAUUGUCGACUCGGCCUUAA